CGGCGGCGGCGGCGGCAGCGGCAGGAGGGGCCGGGCGGGACCAGGCCGGGGCCGGGGCCGGAGCAGGCCCGGGCCGCAGCUCGGGGCGGUGGCGGCGAUGGCGCCGCGGCUGCAGCUGGAGAAGGCGGCGUGGCGCUGGACCGAGACGGUGCCGCCCGAGGCGGUGGCGCAGGAGCACAUCGAAGCGGCCUACCGCGUCGGGCUGGAGCCCUGCCAGCGCGGCGCCUGCCGGAGGAACUGCCGGGGGAACCCCAACUGCCUGGUGGGCAUCGGGGAGCACGUCUGGCUGGGUGAGAUAGACGAGAACAGCUUCCACAACAUCGACGACCCCAACUGCGAGCGCCGCAAGAAGAACGCAUUUGUGGGCUUAACGAACCUCGGCGCCACGUGCUACGUGAACACUUUCUUGCAGAUGUGGUUUCUUAACUUGGAACUCCGGCAAGCCCUCUACUUGUGUCCCAGCACCUGCAGUGAGUACGCCACUGGAGAGGGCAUCCCGAAGGACAAAGACUAUGAGCCUCAGACCAUUUGCGAGCACCUCCAGUACUUGUUUGCCUUGCUGCAGAACAGCAAAAGGCGAUACAUUGAUCCCUCUGGAUUUGUCAAAGCACUGGGCUUGGAUACCGGGCAGCAGCAGGACGCCCAGGAGUUUUCAAAGCUGUUCAUGUCACUGCUGGAAGAUACUUUAUCCAAACAAAAAAACCCAGAUGUUCGAAACAUAGUGCAAAAGCAGUUCUGUGGAGAGUACGCCUACGUCACGGUCUGCAACCAGUGUGGCAGGGAGUCCAAACUCGUGUCUAAAUUUUAUGAGCUGGAAUUAAACAUCCAAGGGCAUAAGCAGCUGACAGACUGUAUAACGGAAUUUCUUAAGGAAGAAAAAUUAGAAGGGGACAAUCGUUAUUUUUGUGAAACUUGUCAGAGUAAGCAGAACGCCACGAGGAAGAUCAGGCUGCUAAGUCUUCCCUGCACACUCAACCUGCAGCUGAUGCGUUUCGUGUUUGACAGACAAACUGGCCAUAAGAAAAAGCUGAACACCUAUAUUGGCUUCUCCGAGCUGCUUGACAUGGAGCCUUUUAUGGAACAAAAAAACGGCGUUUACGUGUAUGAACUUAGUGCUGUCCUUAUACACCGCGGCGUGAGCGCCUAUUCCGGGCACUACAUCGCCCACGUGAAGGAUCCGCAGACGGGCGAGUGGUACAAGUUUAACGACGAAGACAUCGAAAAGAUGGAGGGGAAGAAACUGCAGUUGGGGAUUGAGGAAGAUCUAGCGGAGCCUUCUAAAUCCCAGACUCGUAAACCUAAGUGUGGGAAAGGGACUCACUGCUCGCGCAAUGCUUACAUGCUGGUAUACAGGCUGCAAACCCGGGAGAAGUCUCUGACAAUCGAAGUACCAGCUUUUCUGCAGGAGCUGGUAGAGCGCGAUAACUGCAAGUUUGAGGAGUGGUGCAACGAAAUGGCUGAGAUGCGCAAACAGAGCGUGGCCAGAGGCAAAAUCAAACACGAAGAGGUGAAGGAGCUCUACAAAAGGUUACCCGCUGAAGCUGGUUCCCCGUAUGACUUCAUCUCUCUUGAAUGGCUGCAGAAAUGGCUGGAUGAGUCUACUCCUCCAAAACCUAUAGAUAACACAGCCUGCCUGUGCUCACAUGGCAAGCUCCAUCCGGAUAAAAUACCCAUUAUGAAGAGGAUAUCGGAGUACGUGGCUGACUUCUUCUACAGGAGAUACGGAGGAGGGCCCCGGCUGAACGUCAAAGCACUUUGCAAGGACUGCGUGGUAGAAAGGUGUCGAAUCCUGCGACUGAAAAACCAGUUAAAUGAAGACUACAAAACCGUUACAAACUUGCUGAAGAUAACAGUCAAGGGGAACGAUGGGUUCUGGGUUGGAAAGGCAUCCUUGCGGAGCUGGCGUCAGUUGGCUCUGGAGCAAUUAAAUGAACAAGAUGAAGACACAGAGCACAGUAACGGAAAAAUGAAUGGAAACGCACAAAACAAAGAUGAAUCAAAUGAAGAUAAGAGAGAAGAGGAAGAGGAGUUAAAUUUUAAUGAAGACAUCGUUUGCCCACAUGGUGACCUGUGCAUCUCCGAAAACGAACGGAGGGUGGUUUCGAAGGAAGCCUGGGAGAAACUCAAGCAAUAUUUCCCAAAGGCCCCUGAAUUUCCAAAUAACAAAGAGUGCUGUUCCCAGUGCAAGAUUUUGGAGCGCGAAGGGGAGGAGAACGAAGCUCUGCACAAGAUGAUGGCCAGCGAGCAGAAGACUUCUCUCCAGAACCUGUUCCAUGAUAAAUGCAGGCCUUGCCUGGGCAGCUGGCCUCAGGAGACAGAUGAGCUGUAUAUUGUUUCACAGUUCUUUGUAGAAGAAUGGAGGAAAUUUGUCAGGAGGCCGACGCGAUGCAGUCCCGUGUCCUCAGUAGGAAACAGCGCUCUUCUCUGCCCCCACGGGGGCCUCAUGUUCACCUAUGCUUCCAUGACCAAAGAAGACUCCAAACUUAUAGCUCUAAUAUGGCCCAGCGAGUGGGAGAGGAUUCAAAAACUCUUCGUCGUGGAUCAUGUCAUCAAAAUCACCCGAACGCAAGCUGACAGGGCGGACCCCGAGAGCGCACUUUACACCUCCGAGCCCCAACUCUGUCCAGAGUGCAGAGAAGGGCUGUUAUGCCAACAGCAGCGGGACUUGCGUGAGUACACCCAAGCAACCAUCUACAUCCAUAAAGUGGUGGAUAAUAAAAAGGUAAUGAAGGAUGCUGCUCCAGAGCUGAACGUGAGCAGCUCAGAAGCUGAAGAGGAAAGGGAGGAAAACAAGCCAGAGGGGGAGCAAGACCCAGAUUUUAACCAGACCAACGGUGGUGCGAAGCGCCAGAAGAUCUCCCACCAGAGCUACAUCACUUACCAAAAACAAGGCAUCAGACGAAGCACCCGGCACCGGAAAGUGAGAGGGGAGAAAGCGCUGCUUGUUUCUGCUAAUCAGACGCUGAAAGAGCUGAAAAUACAGAUCAUGCAUGCAUUUUCAGUUGCUCCCUUCGACCAGAAUUUGUCGAUCGACGGGAAGAUACUGAGCGAUGACACGGCAACGCUCGGCAGCCUGGGAGUCAUCCCCGAGUCCGUUAUUUUAUUAAAGGCUGAUGAACCGAUUGCGGAUUACGCGGCGAUGGACGACGUUAUGCAAGUUUGUAUGCCUGAAGAAGGAUUUAAAGGGACUGGUUUACUUGGACACUGAUGGUUUUCAAACCGUUGGCAACAGAGGAGUGACCAGAAGGGAAGAGGAUUUUGACAUGGUAGGGCAUUAAAAGAAAAAAAAAAACCAGAAAAAAAAAAAAGGUGGAUACAGGACUGAACUCUUUGACUCUUCCAGAAGGCAGAAACCCAUUCUGAAAUGACUGCCCCCCCCUCCCCACCCCACCCCCCCAAAAAAAAUGCCUUAUGUCAAAGCAGAUUGCACUGAAGGACACCCUGCCUUCAAGAGAGCGUUCCCGAUUUUGUAUUUAAUGAAAGCAACAGGAAGGUUGGAAAGUUUAGCAGCAGCAAGAGCGCGUUGUGUUUGCAGGCGAGGGAGAUGGAGGCAUUCCCGUGUAUUCCCUGACUCCAACCCUGCGCUGCGCUCAUCUGUCCGAAAAAGGGGUUGUAAUCCAGUAGAUCAAAAACAUCUUGAUCUGUUCUCCAGUAACUCUUUUAGGCGUAAAACCUGCUUACAGAUAAUCCUGUCUUUGAUCCACUAUUACUCUUUCAGUACAGCAUGGAAGUCAAGAAAAAUUGUUACUUGUGAGGAAUGUCUAGCUCUUUCAAAAAAAAAAAAAAGAAAAAAAAAAGAACAAAAAACCAACCCACCCUUCAUCUGUUUAACCCAAAACGUGAGCUGUGGUCUGCCUCCGAAAGCCUUCCAGCGCGGGGGGGCCGGGAGCUGCCUCCCCCGCCGGCUCUCCAGCCGCUCGCCUUCACUUCCAAACGGUGAUCUUGGAAUAACCACCAACCACCUGGGCUCUGUGAACUGGGGGGGGGUUGGUGUGGUUUUGGUUUAUUUGUUUGUUUUUUGGGUUUUUUUUUUAAGAAACGGGGGGUAUUUUAAUGACUUUUGAUAACAUCUUUUUCCUCCAGUCCGGGGACUGCCAGGAGCGCUCGUGCCCAUGGCUUGGGGGAGCCUGAAGCGGAGACAGCGAAGGGGGCGCGGGUGGGUGCCGGUGGGUGCUGUGUAUCCUGUGGGAAAAGCUUGGGGUUGGGGUUUUUUUCCCCCCUUCUAUUCUCAUUUUUCAGGAAUGCACUAAUUAUUCUUCUUUUUUACAUCUGUAGCUCCCAGAAAGGAUCUCUCCCCGUUGCCUAUUAGUAGCAGGAAAUAACGUACCGCUUCCAGGCUUAAAAAAGGAUAAAAAGGAAAAAAAAAAAAAAAAAAAAAAAAAGGGCACUGUUGUGGUUUCUCUGUAAUAACGUAAGUUAGAUGUUUCCUGUUCCUUUUCAGCCUUUUAAACUUGUUUCUGCAGCAAAAUGUGAUGCAGAGAGUUGGGUUGCUGCCACAUCGGGUUUAUUUUAUUAUUUUUUUUAAGUACCGCAGGAGUUUGGGGCUGCAAGAAGCAGGGAGGGGGAGGCAUGUUACCCCCUCCCGCCACCCUCAGUCCUGGGUUUUUUAAAUGUUCACUUUUAGCCGAAGAAUUACAGCCAAGCGCCGGGGCUCCGCGCCCUCCUCCCCGCUCCCAUGGGAUGGGGGGUGAAGCAGCCGGCGUUUGGGGACCCCCGGAGCUCCUCCAAGGGGGGGUGGGGGCCAGUUGGAUCCACUUAUUCUUUCCCAAGGUAAAGACCGUCGGCAGGAAUUCGGUGCGCCAAAGCUGCUCCAUCCUUCGGGAAUGGGCAGGAGAUUUUCUUCUUCCCAGACGGAAGCACUCGCUUGUGUACAUAUUCCCUGGAAAUUCCGUUUUGUUGGGGGUUCUUGGUUUUUUUUUUUCCAAUUUGCGGUUAAUUUUUUUUUAAAAAAAAAAACACGUUACAAAAUAUCUCUUCCUCGAGCUUAUAAUAUGGUGGAAUUCGGAGUCUUUCAACCCAGUGGGGAGGAAUGAGCCGGGGCGGGGUGGCUGGGGGGGGGCGCGCGGCAGCGGUGCCGUAUCUGGCGGGGGACACAGGUACAGGAUGUGACCGACAGGCCCGGUUCCCCCUUUUGUCUGUUCUUUGCAAACAUUUAUCAGAUUAAAAUUGUCAUUUGAGCUGUGGAAGCCUUAUUAAAGCGCAUACACGUG